AUGAAAGUUAAAAGUCAUUCAGGGUUUUCUUCUUGUACGCGCUGUACAAUUGAAGGUGAAUAUCAACAAAGCCGUGUUUGUUUUCCUUACUUAGAAAAUGGAAGCACUAUUAGAACGCAUGGUGACUAUAAACAAAUGAAACAUGAAGAACAUCAUACAUCCAUUACAAUUUCAAGUAUUUGUUCAAUUUUAAAUGUAGAUAUAGUUCAAUCAUUUUCAAUGGAUUAUAUGUAUUUAGUGUGCCUAGGUGUUAUGCGUAAACUAAUUCAUUUAUGGAUGGGUAAUACUAAAGGACCCAUGAAUGUACGAAUACCCAGCUGA